AUGGGCAAGAAACAAGCAAGUCCCGCCUACGUCCUUGGCGUAGGCAUGACCAAGUUCAUCAAGCCACGCGGCAAAGUCGACUACCACGAGCUGGGCUAUGAAGCUGGUAUCAAAGCCAUGCUCGAUGCCAAGGUCAACUACGACGACGUCGAUCAGGGCGUGGCAUGCUACGUUUAUGGAGAUAGCACCUGCGGCCAGCGUGUCUUCUACCAAUUCGGCCAAACCAGUAUCCCUAUCUACAAUGUCAACAACAACUGCUCAACCGGGUCGACGGGCCUCGCCAUGGCCCGCACAAUGGUCUCGCACGGUGCCGCAGACUGUGUGCUGGUCGUGGGAUUCGAGAAGAUGAAUCCCGGUAGCUUGCAGUCGAUGUACAAUGACCGUGAGAACCCGACUGGAUUGUUCGGUAUGAUGAUGGCCGAAACUCGCGGUGUGACAAAUGCCCCUGGCGCGGCGCAAAUGUUUGGAAAUGCGGGUGUGGAAUACAAGGAGAAGUACGGAGCUAAGAAUGAAGACUUUGCGGAAAUCGCACGCGUCAACCACGAACACUCCAAGCGCAAUCCCUACUCGCAAUUCCAGACUGAAUACACACACGAGCAGAUCAUGAAGGCACCCAUGAUCCAUGAACCCCUCACCAAGCUGCAAUGUUGCCCGACCUCAGACGGCGGUGCUGCGGCCGUCAUUGUGUCACAGGAGUUCUUGGAUGCACGUCCCCACUUGAAGGAACAGGCCAUUCUCAUCGCGGGUCAGACUCUUGCCACCGAUACAGACAGUGUGUACAGCCAGAGUUCGAUCGAUCUCAUGGGCUUCGGUAUGUCGCGCCAGGCAUGUCGAUCUGCUGUUGCCGAGGCCGGCGUGAACGUCAAGGAUAUCAAGGUCUGCGAGCUGCACGACUGCUUCUCGGCCAAUGAGAUGAUUACCAUUGAUGCAUUGGAGCUGAGCGAGCCGGGUAAGGCUCAUGAGAUGGUCCGUCGUGGGGAUAUCACCUACGGUGGUAAGAUGGUCAUCAACCCAUCUGGUGGACUGAUUUCCAAGGGUCAUCCCCUUGGUGCGACGGGUAUUGCACAGUGUGCUGAGUUGGUGUGGCACUUGCGUGGCUGGGCUAACAACCGUUUGAUCGAUGGUACCUCUGCGGCAUUGCAGCACAACCUUGGCCUUGGUGGUGCUGUUGUUGUCAGUGUCUACAAGCGUGCUGACGGUAAGGUUGCUGCUGCUGUGCCUUCUGAUGUCGUUGGCAAGAUUAAUGGUCUUGGAUACAACCCUGCUGUGGAAGCCAAGGGCUUCACAGCCGAGCAAGCCAAGUCUGUUGUCAGCAAGAAGCACAGUGUUGCAUACGCACUCUCCGAUACCCAGGAGCGUGUCCUCGCCAGAUUCUAG